AAGCAAGGGGCAGGCAUUAAUGUCCACUCGACAAGAAAAAUGCCAAACCUGUAUCCGUAAAAUAAAUAAAUUUAAAAGUUGGAAAUGGAAGAAGCAAAGAGCGAUGGAAUACGGAGUUGAGAGAGCGGCGCAUGUUGUUUUAAUAGGGUUAAGAUAAACAAUAAUUUUCCGCUGGAUUAGUUGGCCAACUCACAUAGAUAAAUUAGAUUCUUUAUGUCACUUUGACUGAAACGCCCUGCAAAGCAUAAUAAGCUUCCUCCUCUCUCUCUCUUCUGGCCACAUUUUGAUUUUGUAACUUCCACAGUGUUUUGAGGCUAGAAUUCUGAGCCAAAGCCAGAAUAAACCGAGAAAACAGAGGAAAAGAGGAGGAUCAUAACCAGUUGAGACUUGAGAUAACAAGUGUUCUCUAUCAAGUAUGGUUGUAACAAGUCCACUGAAAGGCCAAUCUCACUCUCAUUCAUUCACCAAGUUCUUGCCUUAUGCUCUUUAUGCUCUCCUCCCCAUUGCUCUCUUUCGCUUGUACUUUCACCCUUUUCCUUUCCCUCAAUCUACCACAGAUCAGCUCUCCCACAACAGUCGCAUCAUCCUCACCACAUCUUCUUCUUCUUCUUCUUCUCCUCCUUUAUCUUUCUCCAAAGAAGAGGAAAUAGCUAAUGAAACUCCAUGUGACUAUGCCAAUGGCGGAUGGGUACACGACAAGAUGGGGCCUUUGUACAACGGCACAACCUGCGGUACAAUUAAGGACGGUCAAAAUUGCAUCUCUCAUGGGAGACCUGACUUGGGUUACCUUUAUUGGAGAUGGCAACCAAGCCAAUGCAAGCUCCCAAGGUUUGAUCCCAACACUUUCUUCCACCUCCUUAGUAACAAACAUAUAGCUUUUGUUGGUGACUCCAUGGCUAGGAACCAAUUGGAAUCACUUCUUUGCAUGCUAGCCACUGCCUCCUAUCCUAACCUGGUUUAUAAAGAUGGGGUGGAUACCAAGUUUCGUAGAUGGCAUUUUGCUUCUUAUAACAUUACUAUAUCAGUUUAUUGGUCUCCAUUUCUGGUUAGAGGUGUUGAGAAAUCAAAAACUGGUCCAGAUCAUAAUGAAUUGUUUGUGGACACUGUUGAUGCGAGAUGGGGAGCCGAUUUGGACCAUAUAGAUAUGAUUGUACUCUCAACAGGGCAUUGGUUUCUUCAUCCAGCAGUUUAUUAUGAGGGUGGUUCGAUAUUAGGUUGCCAUUACUGCCCUGGACUAAAUCACACUGAAAUAGGAUUUUAUGGUGUGAUGAGGAAGGCCAUAAAGACUGCACUUGAGACAAUAAUUGAAAGGAAAGGGGCUAAUGGUAAUGGAAUUGAUGUGCUUCUAACAACAUUUUCACCUUCACAUUUUGAAGGUGAAUGGGAUCAGGCUGGUGCUUGUCCCAAAACAAAACCUUAUAAGGAGGGAGAGAAGAUGCUUGAAGGAAUGGAUGCAGAUAUGAGAGCAAUUGAGGUUGAAGAAAUGGAAACCGCCAAGGUAAAUGCUAAGCAGUUUGGAGGGUUGAGGCUAGAGAUGUUGGAUGUGACCAAAUUAUCAUUAAUGAGGCCGGAUGGUCAUCCAGGACCUUACAUGUAUCCAUUUCCAUUUGCUAAUGAGGUUCAAGAGCGCGUACAGAAUGAUUGUGUGCAUUGGUGUCUGCCAGGUCCUAUAGAUACUUGGAAUCAGAUAUUGUUAGAAGUUAUCAGGAGAUGGAGUAUUCAAUCAAGGAGAGAAGAGUGAGGCAACACAAUACCAAAUACUAGGUUUUGAUUUGAUUUGCUAUUCUGCUCGAUUUGGUUGGUGUAUAUUACUUUCUGAAAAACAAACAGAUAAAUGAAGAAAUUUUGUUUGGGAUCAUCUCUUUCAACUUUAUUAUCAAGGAAAUGGUAAGAGUGUGGUUAAUGAAAAUGAGAUGACUAUUGCGAUUCUUUUGGAACAUAUUUUGGCUUAUUUUGAAAUGUGAACAAAUGAUAUCAUAAUCAAUGUGUAAUGUACAGGGGAAUUUUAAAGAUCAUUGGCAGUUUUUAUUUGUUUCUUUGGAAACAAAGUGGUUAUCUUGACCAUUUCCCCGGGAAUCUGCUCCUUCAGUUUUUGUAUAUUCUAGAAUUUGUUUGUGUGUAAGUUUGAAUUAGACUUCAAUCCUGACCAUUUUUGGGACAAAGUUUUGAUGGUCAGAGUUAUUUACAUUUUCGGCUUUGCAUGCUAAUGAGCUUAUUAUCUUGAAUAAUUUAAACCUUUUCAGAUCAUUGAUUCAUUCAAACACGCUUCUUCACCACGACUAACGCAAAAUCCUGUAGAAUUAUAAGAAUUUUUCAAUAUCAGUACUUACUACCCACCUAACAACUUCAAGUUUUUCACAAAUAAGGUCUUAGUUUGAGAAUAAGAGAAGAAAUUACAGGUGUUAAAAUUUUAAUUUCAAACCUAUUAGAUUUUACAUUUUAAUGGUAGUUGUAUGAACUAAAUAAGGUAAACUUGGGCUUUUAACACCCAAACCUUUCUACUGGAUCCCCUAGUUCUUUUGGAUCCUGAGCUCGGCCAAUCACAUGAGCUUCAAUCCUUAUGAAAAUGAAUCUUGUUGAUGCACCAAUGUCUUCAAAUCAAAAUUAAGAGGAUGUAGCUAUUCUCUUUGGCAGAGGAUUCAAUUUAUGGUAGCAUAAGAAUCGCUAGCUCAAGGUAUCCAAAGUAACUUUUCCCAAGCUUGAGUAGGAAGGGAGUGGGACAUGGUUCUAAUUAAGAAGUUGUUAAAGUUGGUAAAAUGAUUUCAGUAUUUCACCCAAAAACAAAAAGUUGAGUGCAGUUGAAUGAAAA